ACUCGGCAUUGUGGGCAAGGCUGCCAGGAAACCAACCAGUCACAAGUAGGGGUCACACGCUCACACACAAGUAGAUAGCAUCUACGGCCACGGCAGUUCGCCUCGAACUCUCAGACUCAGUCUGUUGCUUGUGGGGUGCUGGGAGGCGUAGGAUGCGGAGAUCUUCCUGACCGGCGAUUGAAUGGCAUCGCUUGACCAGGGUCCUGCGCUUGACUGUAGGAUACUAAUAUCCUACCAGGGAGUGACUUCUUACUGGAGAUAAAGUGCAGUUCUGAUUAAAUGUGAAUUCUGCUUAUAAAACAAAUGUUAAAACGAAUUAUGGAGUUUAUGAGACUAGGCCCGUGCUAUUCUCAUUUCUUUUAAAAAAUAUAGUUGCCCGAUAAGCUAAGUUGUGUAUAUAUAUAACGCACUGCCAAGUUUUCCAAGGUAAACAUGAAACAGAUGUAUUACUCGUGAAAAGUGAUUAUAGUAUUUACUGGAUCAACAGGUUAUAUAUACACAAUGGAGAAAGACACGGGUAUAAUUCCAUCGACAAACAAUGUGAGAUUAUUAACAUAUGGACAAACUAACGAAGAUUCUAGCCAUCAAGAGACGACCAAAGAAAGCGAAGUCAUGAGUGAAAGUGGAAAAAGCAAUUCUGCGUCAGAUUGCGGGACAGAUGGUGAUGGAGGAACCAGAAACCGGAUUGAAAAUAGUAACAAAAAUCCCGUCCCUCAGCAGACUGAAAAUGAAGAAGAAAACAAACCACAGCCUGCGAGAACAGAGACUGAGCCAGUGUUAGUUCAUGCGCAAAAGGAGAGACCAGACAAGAAAGAAGUAAAUAAGGCGGAGGAAGAGAAACGCAAAGACGGACAGACGGGGAAAAAGGAUGACGAUGUAAUAGUAGUGAAAACCGUCCCGCCUGACGGUGGGUGGGGAUGGGCGGUGCUGCUUGGGUCUUUCGUUGUUAUGGUGUGCUCCAGCAUUGGUCCCUGCUUCAGCUUAAUAUUUUCUCCCUUCUUCCUGGGCCUCGGGACACCGCCAAGCACCGUUUCCUGGAUCUUCAACUCCUUCAGUCUCAUCUGGAACCUGAUGAGUCCAGCCGUGGGACCCCUGACGGAGGAAUUCGGACACAGGAAAGUUGCGUUAGUUGGCGCAGUCUUUGUCACCGUGGGCCUCAUACUUUCUGCGUUUGCGCCUUCGGCCUGGUUCCUCUUCUUCUCUUUUUCGGUGCUGGGAGGUAUUGGUCUAGGGAUCCUGGUGACAAUCAGCAACAUCAUCAUACCUGUAUAUUUCACGGCUCACCUCGGGAGGGCCAAUGGCAUCCUGAUGACAGGAACCAGCAUAGGCAUAUUCGUCGUGCCCUUGCUGAUCACCCACCUCCAGGGGCUCUUCGCUUACCAAGGGGCGACGUUGAUUCUCGGUGCCAUAAUAUUCCAUACGUGCGUAGCUGCCGCCGUGUUCCACCCGGUUAAAUGGCACUCGAAGACUGUCAGUUACCGGCGAAGAUAUUCCAUCAGGGACUCGCAGUUACAUCGAAGAGGCCGAUCAGACGCUGAGAGCAGGAAUCUUUUACCGGACACCGAAAGAAAUUCAGCUGCUGUUGUGAAAACGGCCCCCCAGAAAGAGGAACGGAGGGUGUCCGUUGCUAUAUGUUGCUUAUUGCUACGCGUAAUCAAAUCGACUGUGCUUUCCCUGCGGAUUUUGUGUUCCCCGCCGGCGUUUAUAAUAGCUCUGAGUGGUACCCUUACCAUGAACGGAUACCUGAACUUCAUCAUCAUGGUUCCAUUCGUCGUGGGAAAAUUCCAUUCGUCUCAGGGGUCAGCUCUUUGUGUUUCUGUUGCAGGCAUAUGCAAUCUGGUGUCUCGUCUGAUCAUGUCCGCGCUGACGGACUGCAAGUGGUUCGAUAUACGGAUCGGCUACAUUAUCAGUAUUUCCCUCAUUGCCCUCAUCAAUAUAGCUUUCCCGUUUGCAACCUCGUUGACGUGGAUGGCUAUCAGUAUGGGCGUCUGGGGUUAUGGCAUUGGCUCGUUCAUGGGCCUCUACAACUUGGUAAUGAUCAAGUACAUGGGAGCAAAGAACCUCCCUGCGAUGUUUGGUGCCGCUAGCCUGCUGAAUGGCCUUGGCUUCAUCUCCAUUGGUUCAGUUCUUGGAUGGGUGACCCAAAUCGUGGGCAGCUACAACGUGAGCAUCUGGGCCCUCGCCUGCAUCGAGUGCUUCUGCAUCGUCCUGUGGCUCCUGAUGCCUGCAGCUGUGGCGUGGCAGAUACGCAAUCUCAUUCCAGCUCCGGUUGCAUCAGUGUAGAAGGCAACGAGAAGGCUGAAAAUGAAGAUGAAGACAAACUACAGUUUAGCAAUACUCGUGAUAUACUUAUUAUCAUUCCUAGUGAAAUAGAGAGAGAGAGAGAGAGAACGCUGUUCUUGGACCCUUCACUAAGGGCAUGAAAUGAUACUUAUUAUGAUUAUUAUGGCUUCCUGUGGAUUACCCCGGAGUAGUAGUGGAAUAAAUGGCUAUUAAGUAACGGAUAUAAUUAUCAUUUCUUGCCUGUCAUGCCAGCAGAGCAAGUAAUGACGUGAAGUCUAAGGGUGAGGAAUGAAAACGCAACACGGGAGGAUUGUUAAUAGAGUACAAAGUAAGCCAAGUGUCACGGACUAGAUUCUCAAAGGGUGGUAUAUAAAUGUCUGUUUGAUUUACAUUUGCACUAACUUCUGUGCUUCAGAUAUCACUGAACUACACGACUAUUGCAAAAUACUAAAAAUUGUAAACUAUUCAGUGUAAACAACUUUUUGUUAAUCAUUAUUGUUCUGUGAAUUUUCACUUUCGUGAUACUGUACAUCCUUCAUGGUAAAUGUUGACAAAAUAUCUAUUGCAAAUUAGACAAACGAAUUUCCACUGAAGACAUUAUACCCCAAUGAUCACCCGCUGUCCUAUAAACUAGAAUUGUUCUAAAUUUCACUGAACAGAAAAAUACUGUGAUAAUCAAUUCCUGAGCCAAUUUGUGCCAUAUGUAGUAUUUUGUCAGCGUGAGAAUUGUGUGCUGCUAUUUUCCAACAUUAAGUAUCUCGAUUCCAAAUAUAUAAUUAAUAGGG